AUGUAUCUCGGCCUCGACAAGAAAGUCGUGCUCGUCACAGGCGGCACAAAGGGCAUAGGCCGCUCCAUAGUCCAAUCCUUCCUCCGCGAAGGCGCAACAGUCCACUUCUGCUCCCGGACAAAAGCAGACGUCGAAGCCGCCGGGGAGAAAUACGCCAAAGCCUUCCCGGACGCCAAAGCCAUCGGCUCCGUCGUCGACGUCUCCAGCCAGAACCAGAUCAUGUCCUGGGUCGAGGGCGUGGCGAAGGAGAGUAGUAGGAUUGAUGUUGUGGUGGCGAAUGUUAGUGCGUUGAGUAUUGGGCAGGAUACUCUGGAGUUCUGGAAUAACGCGUAUGCGACGGAUAUGAUGGGGACGUAUCAUUUGAUCCAGCAAGCUCUGCCGCAUUUGGAGAAGACGAAGGGGAAUAUCAUCAGUAUCAACUCCGUUUCCGGUCGGGAUGUAGACAUGGCUGCGCCGGGAGCUUAUGGUGCCAUGAAGGCGGCGUUGACGCACUAUAUUGCUCAACUGGCACAUACCUUGGCGCCAAAGGGCGUACGAGCCAACUCCGUCAGUCCGGGCAACAUCUACAUCGAAGACGGUGUCUGGGGUAAUGUUGAGCGGAAUAUGCCGGAUUUGUUUAAGAGUCAGAUGAGCUUGAACCCGAUGGGGAGGAUGGGGAAGCCGGAGGAGAUUGCGGAUACGGUGGUGUUUGUGGCGAGUUCGAAGGCGAGUUUCAUGAGUGGUUCGAAUGUGCUUGUUGAUGGGGCGCUGUGUACCGGUGUGCAGUUUUAG